CAGAAAAAUAUAAGUAGAUAAACAACGUUGAAAAUUUUGCUGGUUUCUGUGUAGCAACAAUAUCAAUAUGAUGAAAAAAAGAAGAUGACAUGCAGCCGCUUUUAUUUGGAGGCAACCACUCUCCUCCCUUUUCUCUCUUCGCACCCCAUUCUCUUUCUCUCUCCUCCUCUCACCUUCUUCUUCUCCCUCUGAAUUCCAUUUUUACAAAUUCCAAAUUUCCAGAAAUUUCUCCUUUUUUGUAUUUUCCCCAAAAAUCCCAUGAUUAAAUUAACAUUUUUUGCUUAUGGGGAAUCCAUUUUUAGGAGCUUUCUUUCUAUUUUCUGGUGUUAAAUUUGUAUCUCUAAUCUUUCUUUUUUAAUGUGAGUUUUUUUGGGUGGUGGGUGGGUGUUAUAAAGAUUUGAUUUUUAAGUCAUUUUCUUAUUGGACUGUCAUUUUUUUUUAAUAUAUAAAGACGUAAGAUUAGAUCCCUGUUCAUAUAAAGGAAAUUAAUAAAUGUUGGUUUGGUGAGGUGACCUGCUACCUUGCUUUUGAUUGCAAACUGUUAUUAUGGAUUCUUCAGCUUUUGAUGGGGCCGUGUUUGAUCCUGUGAAAUGCAGUAAGUUGAGUAUGGAGGAGAGAAGAGAAAUUGUGUACGAAUUAGCUAAGUGGUCACAUGGUGCUGCUGAAAUGCUGCAAUCUUGGAGUCGCCAAGAUAUUUUGCAAAUCUUGUGCUCAGAGAUGGGUAAGGAGAGAAAGUACACUGGUUUGACAAAGUUAAAGAUUGUAGAGCACCUCCUUAAAGUAGUUUCUGAAAAGAAUUCAGUAAACCACGACAAUGAAGUUCGAGGACAACAGUCUUCACCUCCGAUUACCCAAAAGGUUUCAAAGAAGCCAAGGAAACCUGAAAAUCCAUCUCAUCUUCUUGUAUCUGCUACCAAUAUCUCAUCAUGCAACAGUGACAGUGAUUUAGUCACUGCCACAUAUUGCAAAAACUCUGCUUGCAAGGCUAGCUUGAACAAGGAGGACGUUUUUUGCAAGAGAUGCACGUGCUGUAUCUGUCAGAAGUAUGAUGAUAACAAGGAUCCUAGCUUAUGGCUGACAUGUAGCACAGAGCCUCCUUUUGUUGGAGAUUCAUGUAACAUGUCAUGUCAUCUGGAAUGUGCUAUUAAACACGACAGGUCUGGCAUUGCUAGAAAUGGGUUUGUUUCUCAAUUGGAUGGGAGUUUUUACUGCAUUUCCUGUGGGAAAAUGAAUGAUUUGAUGAGCUGUUGGAGGAAACAAUUAAUAAUUGCGAAGGACACUAGACGGGUGGACAUAUUAUGUUAUCGUAUCUCCCUGAGCCAGAAGCUAUUGGCCGGAACAAAGAAAUACCUUAAGGCUUGUGAUAUUGUUGAUGAUGCCAUAAAACUACUUGCAGCAGAAGUAGGUGCCUUAACUGGUGUUCCUGUUAAGAUGGGUAGAGGAAUUGUUAACCGACUAUCGUCUGGUCAAGAAGUUCAAAGACUAUGUGCUUCUGCCCUUGAGUUGUUUGAAUCAACGUAUCAUCAAACGCCAUUGCACUUAGGCAAUAACGUAGCAGUUUCAAGAACAAUUGCUCCAAGUAUCAUCAGAGUUGAAUCCAUUAAUGCAACAGCAGUCACUGUGAUCUUGGGCCCUGAUAAUUCUUCUUUAUCUGAGAAGAAUGUGGGUUAUACAUUGUGGCAUCGUAAGGUUGGUGACCGGAAAAAACCAGAACAGCCGACCUGUACAUUGUUUCCUCCACAAACAAGGUUCAUAGUCUCCGGUCUUUCCCCAGCAACAGAGUAUAUUUUUAAGGCUAUUUCCUUUGACAACACCAAAGAGUUGAGCUCAUCUGAAGUCCGACUAACCACAAACAUUUCUACACUGGAAAGAAGUCAGAGCCCAACAACAAACUGCAGCACUCUUUCUAAUCCAUCUUCUGUGGAAGAUGAAACAAAUAACAACGCACCCUGCAGUAAUUUGAAUGAGAACAACAAAGCAGAGAACUAUUUUAACUGCAGUAAUGAUCAAAACCCUUCUUGUGCAUCAGAUGAGGAGAAUAAUGCAACAGGGAAAGACUCUUCUGAUCUAUCUGAUACUGUCAAAGUUGAAAUUAAACACUCUUCAGAUGGUAUUGGAUCAAAGGAUACCAAGAAGACCAAUACACCUUGUGUGAGGCCAGAAACUAGCUUGCCGAUAACUCCUAGCAGGCAAGAAAGCUCAAAAGAGGGCACUGUGAAAACGGGACCCCCGAAAUCCCGUAACAAGGAUCAAGAUAGCAGAUUGGAUAAGAAAAGAAAGGCGGAGAGAGAAAACGGGGAAUGUGUUGGAGACGGGAGUAACUCUUCCGGGAGUAACAUAGAGUACUACAUUAAGAUGAUUCGUUGGCUGGAAUGCGAAGGACAUAUUGAUAAAAGUUUCAGGCAGAAGUUUUUAACUUGGUACAGUAUUAGGGCUACUCCACAGGAAACUAGGAUUGUUAAGGCCUUUGUUGAUACCCUCAUUGAUGACCCUGCAUCACUCUCGGAGCAACUUCAAGAUACAUUCGAGGAAAUCAUCUCAAGCAAGAGGUCGUCUGCGGUUCCCCCGGGUUUCUGUUUGAAGCUUUGGCAUUGAUUGAUCUGUACUGUUAUGCAAAUAGGUAACUUGGGAUGAAGGAUCCUAAUUUUAGGGUUGCCCAUUAUUUUUGACCUUGAAACCAAUUGGAAGGUUUCGGUCAUACUAAUUCUUUUGGAUCUGUAGGACAUUCCUGUACCUUAAUUCUUGUUAUUAUUAUUAACAGGCAUUCUUCCAUUGAUAAGUUAACAACAUUUGUCUCUCAUUUAUAAAUUUAUGAUAAUUUCUUGUUCCAUUA